CCUCAAUCUCGUAUUUCUCUACCUGAAUCGCCCAUUUUCUCCAACAUUCAAAGCUUCAUACACACACCCUUUUCGUUAAUUUUCACCAUUUUUAUCUUUCUAUUCAACUUCUGCAACAUAUCAAAGCUUCAUACACAAACCCGUUUUUGGGUUAAUUUUCACGAAUAUUAGUUUUUCGCAACAUUUUUUGAAAAUGUUUGGGUUUAUGAAAUCACCGGCCAGUGUUUCGAAGCAAAAAUCUGUAGAUUCUGAUUCUGAAUCGGAUAAAACUCAAACUCUAAGGCCUGCAAGAAGAACUUCUUCCGAACCUGUGCUCAUUACACCAAACUUCAAUGAUGACGAUGAUGAUUUGAGAGGGGGCUCUUCUGCUUCCUCAUCAAGGGGCGGCUUACAGGACAUGUCUGUUCAGGAAUUGGAGGGUUAUGCUGUGAAUAAGGCUGAGGAGACUACAAAAUCUGUGAACAAUUGUUUGAAGAUUGCAGAGGAUAUAAGACAGGACGCUACAAGAACCCUUGAGGCUUUACAUCAGCAGGGUGAGCAAAUCCAUAGGACCCACAUGAUGGCCUCUGAUAUGGACAAGGAUUUGAGCAAGGGGGAAAAGUUAUUGAACAAUCUUGGGGGAAUGUUCUCUAAGCCUUGGAAGCCAAAGAAGACAAGGAAAAUUACAGGGCCUUUAAUCACAAAAGAUGAUAAUUUUAGAGGAACGAAAAACAACUUAGAGGAAAGGCAAAAGUUGGGUUUAGCUCCUGCACCGAAGGGACGGCCAACCUCCCGCACACCUCCUCCUGAACCAACAAAUGCUUUACAGAAAGUUGAGGUGGAAAAGGGGAAGCAAGAUGAUGCACUUUCAGAUCUAAGCAAUAUCUUGGGUGAACUUAAGGGUAUGGCUGUUGACAUGGGAUCUGAACUUAACAGCCAAAAGGAAGCUCUUGAUCAUCUUCAAGACGAUGUUGACGAGCUAAAUUCGCGAGUGAAAGGUGCCACUCAACGUACACGUCGUUUGAUUGGGAAGUGA